UGACCAUGCAAAUAGCUUAACGACACAUUUCGCAAAAGCUGCAAGAGUUGUAAACAAUAAACAAAUAUUUAAAAACAACAACUAAGAGCCGAGAUGCGAAUUCUAAACUGCCGCAUUUGCUCUAGAUUAGAUGCUCCAAUUGACCUCUUUGAUCCAAAAAACGGACAUCUAGUUCGUCAAAUUCACUCCAUCACUGGAGUCGAGCUAAACUGCACGAACGAGAUAUCCGGCCAAAUGUGCACGGGGUGCCUGGGCGAUCUGCAGACAGCCAUUAAGUUCCGCCAGCGCUGCAUCAUAGCCGAGAAACAGAAUCUUGAAAGGAUUGGCAUUGAGUGCGCAAGCAAGGAUUGCCCCACAGACCCAAUAAUAUAUGAGCACAUUGAUGAUAACCAAAUUGAGAGCGAAUUGGACGAGUCCAAUUUAAGUCCCGAAGUCGAAGAUCUUCCAAAGCGAACUACUGAAAAGCUCUCAGCACCAGAUAGUUGGAACCAUCAAUUGCCAAUUGGAGGCGAUUGUGGUCCAUAUGUAUGCGAAGAUUGCGGUAGGACUAUCAACAACAAGGCGAACUUUCAGGAGCACUUGCUCAGGCACACGGGAAUUAAGAAUUUCCACUGUGAUUUUUGGGAUUGCGAAAAGAGUUUUGCCACCCGAAAGGAGCUGACCAGCCAUAUGCGUACCCACACGGGCGAGCAGCCAUUCGUGUGCGUCUACUGUCCACGUCGGUUCUCCUCUUCAAGCGCCCGGCAGGAACACCAUCGUCGCCAUCGGAACGAUCGCCGCUACGAGUGUGACAUGUGCGAGAAGAGUUUUGUGAGUUCCGGAUGUCUGAGCAAGCACAAGAUGACCCAUGUGGCCACACGGAAGCACUACUGCUACGUUUGUCAGAAGCACUUCCAACGGAUCUCCCAUUUGAUGACUCACUUGUCUACCAGUAUUCAUAAGCAAAAAGCACAGGAGGCAGCGGCAGCUCAGGAAGCUCGCCACCUACAAUAUAGCUGCCUAUCUAGUCAUUAUACUAAUUAGCUAUAGGAAAGAAUCUUAAAGUUCAGCGUCCUUUUGUUCGACAAAAUUAUUUCAAAGUUAAACUAACAUUUAACUACAGGGUAUGAAAUCGAUUUUAUGCCAGUAUUUAGCAUUUCUGACAUUUAUAGCAGAAACGAUUUUGUUCAAAUUCUUGUUUCCUUAAGAAAUAGAAAAACAGCCGAAUCCAGCCCGCCUUGCAAAGGCUAUUAGCUUUUGGUAUGAAACGUUACAAGUUCUAAGCAUAUUUACUUGUCUUAUAAAAAGACGUUAUAUUAGUCCUGUGCCAUUCGAAUUUUAUGUCAAGUUUAAGCUUCCAAAAAUUGUAACCACGUCUUCGACAAAGCACAAAGAAAAGAAACAUUAACAACGCACACACGUCUAGUGGCCAUAAUGAUCUUAACACUACCAAAUAAACGCACAAAAAUAAA